GAUGAAGAGGGAAGUCCCCUUAAAAUGCAUUGUUUGUUACCGUAAAUGUUAUUCCUUUAUUAUUUUACUUGUCCAAUAUGGUAUGCACCAAUUCGGUGCCACAGAUUAUCCCUUUAACUUCCAAAGCUAUGCAAGCUGCUUCCAAUACCUCUAGUUCUUCACCGUAUCGCCAAGUCCGGAAAACAUGGCAGGAUACAGGCUGCGUUCAGGACCUACGGAACAAGUUCAUUUUGGAAAAAAAAAGCAAAUGUUUUUUCAAAAAAGACUGUUGGAGAAGUGCAGUAUACCGAGAUCCCAGCUUUAUCAGAACUUACGGUGUGUUUGGAUGUGUUUUAUGAAAAUGAUGCCCAGUCAACUGCUUGGUCUUACUGUGGUCAAGAUGGAGUAAACCCUGAGCUUGGUUUUGGGAGAAAGGAAAAUACACUUGAAGUGUUCCAUAUGGGAACGGUAUAUGCUAUUAAGGCAACCUUGAAACAAAAUAUUUGGUAUACAGUAUGCUUAAAAUGGAAGAGAAAAACAAUGCAGCUGAAGGUUUAUGUGAAUGGGACUCGCAUCUAUAAUACUACUACAACAGAAGACAGAAUGCUGAAGAGCAAUGGGAGUCUGGUUUUGGGUGCUACACAUACUAAUAAGGGGGAGAUUGUUGUAAUGGAUAAAACCAUCAUGACCGGAAAACUGUACAACUACCAGAUGUGGAACUAUACAAGGUCUGAUGAAGAACUACUUGGCUGUAAUGAAGGGAAUUUAAUCAGCUGGACAAAAGAGACUUGGAAUUUUGAUAGAACUCUUGAGGAUGUGCAACUGCGCUGUGCAAAUGCAUCAGUUAUACCAACACCAGAAGCAAGUACAACUACUCCGACCCCAACUCUUGGCACAACUUCUACCAGGGCAUCAACACCCUCUCCAGAGAAUUCAGUAACCACUGAGACCUUACCUGCAGCCACUUCUGGAACAAUCACUCCUAGUAUUCUCUCCACAUCAGUAACUCAGAAGGAGACAACUAGCAGCAGUACCAGUGACAACUUGACAUCUGCACAGCUGCCUAAUACUAUGCCGACAAGCACAUCAGCCCAACCUAAAUUCUCUACUACAGCUGCUACCACAGAGACCUUAUCUGGAAGUGAUCUACUAACUAAUUCUAGUGUUGAUUUACCAACUGGCAAUAAUGUAUCUACAACUGGUAAUAUAUCCUCAACAUAUCACAGUCCACCAGGACUGAGAACAACAUCUGCGGUGCCAAUAACAUCUUGGAACAGCACCUCUAUACAUCAGGAGUCACCUGAGGGCAAGACAACGCCAGAUCCUCAGGUUGUAAGUACAAAAGCUCCUAUCAUCUCCACACAGCCUGAUAUAAUGUCUAAGCCCAUGACUGGAACAACACUUCAGACUACGACUACAUCUCCACCAACUAAGUCUGCAACACCAUCAACUGUUACUAAUGUAUCCAGUGCUUUCUCCAGCUCUUCCUCACCAUCAACUGUUACUAAUGUAUCCAGUGCUUUCUCCAGCUCUUCCUCACCAUCAACUGUUACUAAUGUAUCCAGUGCUUUCUCGAGCUCUUCCUCACCAUCAACUGUUACUAAUGUAUCCAGUGCUUUCUCCAGCUCUUCCUCACCAUCAACCAUUACCAAUGUAUCCGGUGCUUUCUCGAGCUCUUCCUCACCAUCAACCGUUACUAAUGUAUCCAGUGCUUUCUCGAGCUCUUCCUCACCAUCAACUGUGAAUACUUCAAGUAGUAGUUUAUCUACAUCUCCACAUAUUACUCUUAGUGGGGUGACAGAAUCACCUGUUUCACAUUCAGAAACCACAUAUUUCCCCUCCACAAACAGCACAAUACUGUUGCCAGCAAAUGUAGUUACUUUCUAUGUUGUUCAAAUAAAGUUCAUAAGCCGAAGCACACAACUGAUGGAUGAACAUAUGGCUCUUUCCCUUAUACAAAAUACGAUGAACCAACUUCUUAACAACACAGAAUUUGCUGCAGUUCAGAUUAUUGUAUUUAAAACCGAGAGUAAUGAUCCUGGGAAUGUCCAUACACAAAAUAACUAUAAAAAGAAAAGGGAGACCAAUGAGGAUUCCAAUCCCCAAGGGUAUAUAGCCAAAUCCAUUGUCCGUGCAAAUUCUUCACAAAACACAGCGGCACUAGCUGUUGAACUGGGAAGUCUUCUAAUGGAGGGGUUUGAUGCACAACAAAAUCACAGUCUUAUUGCGAAGAAUGUGACCUCAUUAGUAUUUCAGUUUUUUCUCUUAGCUGCAGAAUAUUGUAGAAGUGAGUCCACAAGCUAUGACGACUUUCCAUAUGAAUGGCCAGAGACAAAUGCAACAGAAAAGGCCAGUUUACAUUGCCAUAAAAACCUGAACAGUAUGGCUACACGAGAAUGUUAUAUCAAUGUUACCACAUUAACAACGGAAUGGGGAGAUCCAAACUAUGCAAAAUGUGUUCCUAGUUCAUUUGAGGAUCUCGAAAACUUCACUGUAACACCAGAAAAUGCUAACUAUUUGGCAAUGCAAAUUCUUAAUAUGACAAAGAAAGCAGAUUCCUUACCAGAUGAAGAUAUAAGAAUCAUUCUCAACAAAGUCUCGGAAAUAAUUGCAUUAGGAGAAAUUGAUCUUGAAACUGCUAAGGUUCAUGUGGAUGUAAUAAACUUUGUUUUACAAAAAGGCAACACAACGCUGCGCCUGUUUGCUAACAAGAUACUUAACCUUAUGGAGGAAGUUGGAUUUAAAAUAAAUUUUACUGGUGAAACGGCAAAUGUGACAGCUAAUUCUAUGGCUUUACUGGUAUCAAAGAAAUUUAAAGAAAUCUACUUCACUGUUACAACAUAUCUGGAAGGAAAUGUGGAGAUAACAUUUGAGCAGUUUCCUCCUGAUAAUGCUGUAGCUUUUAUACAUUUACCCAAAUCAAUCCAAGACCAAGCAGAAAUAUCAUCAGCCAAGGUUCAAUUCAACUUCAUCGGGCAUUUAUCACCAUUCCAGGACUAUGAAUCCAGGUUUCUUGAGUUAAACACAUACAUCAUAAGUGCCAGUUUCGAGGGCAUUAAUGUUGACAACCUGAUGGAGCCAAUAGACAUAACAUUGCGGCAUGUUAAAGAAAAUGUAGAGGAUUACCCGGUGAAGUGUGCCUUCUGGGACUUUACUAAAAAGAGUACAGAUAAUUUGGGUGGUUGGAACACAUCUGGUUGUUCAGUGACAUUUACAAACAAGGAAUACACUUCGUGUUCUUGUAACCAUCUUACUCACUUUGGAGUUCUCUUAGAUCUUUCUGGGGCUCAAAUCAACUCUCUAGAUGAGCACAUACUAAGCCUAUUGACUUAUGUGGGAUGUGGCAUUGCCUCUCUUUUUCUUGGAGUAGCUCUUGUAACAUAUGGGAUGUUCAGACAACUUAGAAGAGAUUACCCUUCAAAAAUAUUGAUGAAUCUUUCUUUUUCACUGUUGAUGCUCAAUUUACUGUUCUUGGUCAACAACUGGUUGUCCUUAUUCAGAAAUCAAGGCUUGUGCAUCUCAGUUGCAGCACUCCUUCAUUACUUUUUGCUGACAUCGUUCACUUGGAUGGGCCUAGAGGCUGUGCAUAUGUAUUUUGCAUUUGUCAAAGUCUUUAACGCAUACGUCCAUAAAUACAUAUUAAAGUUAUGUAUCGCCGGCUGGGGAAUCCCUCUAGUUGUGGUUGUCGCUGUACUCUGUGUUAACGUUAAUUUUUAUGGAGUCAUAAUGGAUAACAGGCAGCAUGACGUCCCUGGAGACAGCGAUGCUUCAUUCUGCUGGAUCCAGAAUGAUAUUGUAUUCUAUGUGGCAGUGGUAUCCUACUUUGGAGUAAUCUUCCUUAUCAACAUUUCCAUGUUCAUUGUUGUACUUCUUCAAAUCAAGUCCCUGAAGUCUACAAGGAUAAAGGACUGGAAGUCGCUCUUCCUGCAUGACAUUAAAAAUACUCUCAGUCUCGCCUUCUUACUCGGGUUAACCUGGGGUUUUGCCUUCUUUGCUUGGGGUCCUGUACGAGUUGCCUUUUUAUAUCUAUUUGCCAUUUUUAAUACACUACAAGGAUUUUUUAUUUUUGUGUUCCAUUGUCUAAUUAAAGAGAAUGUGAGAAGACAGUGGAAGAUGUAUCUGUGCUGCGGGAGAUGUCGGCUUGACAAUUAUUCAGACUGGAGUAGACUAAGCAAUGCUGAAACAAGAUACAACGGGCGCAUACACCUAUCACCAUCUGAUUCCUACCAGUCAACAAGGUCUAACAAUACUGCGUCUACUUCCAAUACAUCCAGUCUAUCGAGCCUCUCUAGAGAUGCAUUUUAUGGGAACAGCUAUGUAAAUGGAGGAGGAAUAUUUAUCAGCUCGGCUUACAUAGCACCUUCACAUCAUGCAUCUGCCUACCCCAACAACAACAGAAAAUUAACGUUCCUGGAUUAAGAUGCUCGAUGAAAUAGACUGAAAUGAAAUUUGCUUUAAGUAUGGCUUUAAAGGCAAUGUAUUAUCUAUAUGUUUUAUUAAUUAA